GUUUCCCUUCUCAAUAUGGCGGCAACGUAGACCUCAGCAGUCUUCCGGUAGAGCUGCUGGGAAAUGGAAAUCUCGCGAGAUUUCUCGUGAAGCGUAUUUUCAUCCAUGACGGCGUUGUGUUUUUCUUUCUCUGGAUGAUGCGGAGAGGGUCUGCUCUUCUGCCUCUUCACACAGGGCUGUCAUGAGGAAGAGGACACUGGUCCCGUCACUUUUGUGAUCCCUGUCUGUCUGGAUGGAUGAUGUGGUUCUGCACUUCCAUCCCGGGUCAGUUGUCGGGCUCUCCUCUCUGUUGGAGCAGACAGAAAAGCUUCUGGAGCCUUUCACCUGCCGGCCUCCUCCUGUCUUUAGCCCCUGGUUCCCCACCGUCCCUGCAGGCCACCGACUGCCCAUCAGACCGGCCAAACCGGCUCCUCAAAUCAUCCCUGCAGGUUGCGUCCUGACGGCAGAAAAUAAAUCACAAAGAGGAAAUUCGAUCGUCUCUACAGAGACACCAGCUAAACAUGCAGACAAGACAGAAGAUGCUCUCUGCAUCUCAGAAACUCCCAACCAUCUCAUCCCAGUUAGCCAAACCACAUCAACGUCACCUAGGCAACAUCCGGAGACAGAAAGAGACAGGUUACCGGUCCGACGGUCCUGGAACGUCUUCACGCAGAGAGGAUUUCUGCUCCAGAGCUCACGGCCCCUGUCCAAAUGCUUCCAUCGCCUGGUGUCUGUCCACAGGCUCCACCUCCACCAGCGGGCCAAGUGGGUGAUCACAGAGCAGAACUGCAACGACGUGGAAAAGGUGUGGUGCUCCCUGACCCAGUCGGUUCGCAGCUCGGGGUUGCCAACGUGUAAUGCCAACAUCCAGCGGGAGCGGGCGGAGAUCUGGGUGUUCUGCGACGUUCUGUACUCUGAGAAGGUGGGGCGUUUCCUGAAGGACGAGCUGCAGCUGUCAGGCAGGAUCCACUUGUCCGUACACAAGCUGGGAAACAUCUUCAGCUUGUAGACAAAGUCCUCCUCGGAGCUUCUACUGGACCUCUUCAGAUAUUGUGAUUUAACUGUGUCUGCAUUGAGCGGUGUAGCCUCCAGGGGGCAGUAUGAGCAGCCACAGCAGUGUGUUUCCACCUCAUUCUGCUGGUUUUUCUGUAAUGACACUGAAUUGAGGAGCAUGAGCAGAUCUUUCCACAUGUUGUUCACCUCAGGUUGGUUCUGAGUCGAUAAAACAUUUUCUCACAUGAACACCUGACCUUCAAAAGACCGGCUUUAAUGAGUUCUGCAGGAAUUUAAGGUAGAACCUCACAUGUAGGUGUGUGAGCUGGAUUUGUCUGGUUCUGCUCCAACAUUGUGCUGCAGACCUCACUAACUGAUGGUGUCUGAAACCCUGAGAAGGUCUCAGAUUGGACUGAAGCAUGACAUCAGGCACAGUGUGGUAAUUGGGCCGUGUUAAGUUUGAGGUUUUCUUGUGGUUUUUAGGGAGACUCUGAAUCAGAGCAGCCAUGAAAUAUUCCAGGUUUGUCCUGGAUGGUCUCAGGAUGAACCUCUGAGACAGAUUGAAGCUGGUGCUGCUUUAAUCUGUAAAUUGUUGGAACCAGAUAAAAAGAUUGGGGUUGGCGAUUCAGUCUAGUUUCAGCUGGAGCGGUUAACGGUUCAGUCUGAGGUUCUGGCCCAGGAAAAGUCAGGGGUGAGUUCACGUGUCUUGGAGUCCUGUGGUGAAGGCAGGACAGAGCAGGAGAUGGAUCAGAGCUUCUCUGCAGUAAUGCAGACCUUUCUCCUUCCUCACAUGCUGAAGAAGGAGCUGAGCUGAACGUCAAAGCUGUGGAUAAACGGGUCCAUCUACGUUCUGAUCCUCCCACCUCUGGUCUGGAGAGACGGACACAGAUUUGUUGGUUCUGCUGGUGAGGAUUCAUCUAUUGCAGCUGCAUCAUCUCACUUAGAAAUGUGAGAAAACUCCAACUUUUAGUUGGACUGCAUAUAUUUAUUGGUGAAUAAAAGAUAAUUGAAACUUUUUCACUUUGGUGAAAGUUGGCAUUCCUUUGAACAACAGGACAGAACCGGGUCUUCUCCUAUAAGCUUAACAAUACAACAUUCUUCUCCAUAGAUGGUCCAGGAUCCUCCCUGAUGCUUUCUUCUCUUCUGCCCACAGAUGUAAGCCCUGUAGAAAACCUGUGGGCUGAAAUGGCGAUGGAAGAAGGUUGAUUCUGGGUCUGCUGAACCAUUUUUUUGUUGAUUAUGCCAUUCGUUUAGGAUCAUUCUCCGGCUGAAGUGCUGACCCAUCCUCAGUUUUUUCUCUAAAUGUUCUGGUAUUUUAAGGUGUUCAUGAAGCCAUGAUCUAUAACUAGGUUUCCAGAGCAUUUGGAUGAAAAACAGGCCCACAGCAUCACACAUUCUUCAUCUUAUGUAACAGAGGAAAUGAUGGGCUUUUUCCACAACUGUAUUUAUUUCAUGCUUGACCCUCCUGAGAUGUUUGCUACGAAGUAACUCAGUCCUUGUCUCAUGUGUCCCUGUGGAGUUGACCUGACCCUACGUGUUUGUUCUUGUGCUCGAAGGACAGAAAGUGUUUUUUGUUUGCAUCAUUCCUGGGCGACCUGUUGUCAUGGAAAUGGCAUGUAACGGUUGUUAUGGAGACUUGCGAACCCCAAGAUGCCACUGUUUGCAGGAGUUCUCUAACCAUUCUGCUCUCUGCAUGGUGAACAGGGUUGGGCAUCCACUGUUUUGUUAAAAGCAAUGAUUUCUUACCAGGAAAGACGAUGAAUGUUUCCGGCGCUGUGUGGAUCACGCAGCUGAACAUGGCCUCCUCUAUAGGGUGACUUGGACCUGGACCUCUGCAGCCCCACUGUGGAUGAGAAGAUGGAUGCAUCUUUGUGUUCAUUUAAUACCUUUACAUUAACAAACCAGUCUAAUGAGACUGUUGUUUUGCUGAUCCACCUUUCUGAAUCUAAAUCUUCGACUUUAAUUUACUGUUUACAUUUUUAAAACAUGAUGAAAAUGGUUUGAUAUCAGAAACAUGUCAGUCUAUGAGCUGUUCUAGUUUCUUGUUGUAUAAAUAUUUAAAAGAUUUGAGAGAAUCUGUUUUAAUGAGCUGAGGGUUGAACCCUUAGACCGGUUGUAAAUAAAUGAUUUCUUGUGUUUUUGUCAUUAAACAUCAGUGUUUAAAGGACA